AUGCCAAAGCAUCGGAGAAACAGGGCAAUUCCCAUGGCUUACGCUUACAGGAGCCACAAAAGUGAUGGUGAAGGCUCUAGCCCCUUGCUCUCAAUGAUUUACUACUUUUUCUUCUUGUCUAAUGGCAUCGCCGCAAUAUGCCGAGCAUACGCCCACAACGAUUAUUACAUGGUAGCUUUCAUCGUUUUCGUUUACUUAGGUUCCUACUUGUUAGACUACUGUUGGUCAUCGUUUCAUCGGUUGCCUAGGCAUGAGAAAUCACUACGCAAAGACUUGUUGAAGUUUGCUGCGUGGCUUCUAUAUUCGGCUAUCAUGUUUGGAUUUGUCUAUCAGUUUGGACAAUUGUUCUCCCGGGCUGCUGCGAUGACUCUUUAUGUCGUCUCAACCCUGUGCAGUGCAGUCCUUUUCUAUGUCUACAUGAUCUAUGAGGAGGAUGAUCAAAAUGGACGUGGUUCUAAGAGAAGCAAUGGUGAGAAAUUCACAUUUCCUCCAACGCAUUUCGAUUCUAUUCUGGAGAGAGUAUAA